GAGUCAGGAGGGAGCAACUAGAGUGACUAAGGCUUAAGCCCAUGGGGUACACCUGAGAAGCUGUGUAAAAGACACUUUGGCGUGGUUCCGCUGGGGAGAACACUUACCCUGAAUUGCUGGACAGUGCUCCCGGGCCUUUGGGCCUGCCUCGUCUGUGGCAGAAAAUGUGGAGCCAGUACUGGAAUCCAGAAGGGCAUCGCCCAGUGUUCGGGUGGGUCCCUGUGUGCAUUGGGCCUUCCCCUCUCCAGCUUUGUUGAUGGUGAUCUCCAUGACUAGUUGGCUCUCUAUCUGGCAUGAGAAGGGGAGGGAGUGUGUUCCACCCAUCCUGGGCCCAUGGCCACAGUACCCACAUCCCAGCUGUACGGCUGUUGAGGUGGUUCUCUCCUGGAGGCAGGACUAGAGAGCAAAGGAUUUUCCUUGACUGCGGCUCUGGGCCUAUCUUCGGAUGGUCACAGCUGCCGAAAUAGAUCUCCCCUCUCACCUGUUCGUAACAGGGACUCACAGGUGCAGACCAUGGCCUCCGGGGACAGCAGAAGUUGGGGUAGCACCCCGCCACAGAGUGCAGCCCCGCCGGCCUUUCCCAUGUGGCUGGGCUAAGUCUCCUGGCUCACACCCCCAGCCCUGGGUGACCAUCCUGCAGCCCCUCCCGUGGGUCCCACCCAUACCCCUGCAGCCGGGCCGUGUGAAGGAAGACUUGCUGGAACUGAUGAUGCUGCAGAAUGCGCAGAUGCACCAGCUGCUGCUGAGUCGCCUGGUAGCGGAGGCGCUGAGCCCAGGGCCAGACUUGCCUGACCCGCAGGUCUACCAGGGGGGCCAAUGCAAAGAAUGGGAGGAGCAGAUGGACACUCAAGAGGAAGGGCCUUUGGUGUUCCACCACCACUACCUGCCCUGCCUCAUGUCCCCCCUGAGUUCCCUGUCACCCUGGCCAGCCCCUCCCCUCCCCCCUCCUCCAAGCCAUCCCCACAGGCAGGAUGAACCCAGGAUUCAGCACCUGCCUCCUGCCUCUGGACAAAGAGGGGUGAGAGAUGUGCCCCCACCUCCUCCUCCCAGUGCCACUGGGACUGUGGGUGCAGAUGUACCCCCGGCUUCAGACUACUAUGACGCUGAGAGCCUGCCAUGAAGAGAAUGCUCAUCCACCAGGGCCUUCUGGCUUCAACAAUCCUGGCGUCCUCCACAGCUCUCUUCUGUCGGCUAACUCUGCACCCACACCCCAGCCCUUCUCCCUAGCUGAGCCCUGGCCUCCCAGUGGAUCAGGCCCUCUCCACCCCACUGCCAUCUUGACCCGGUCUCUGCUCCUGCAAGCCCUGCCCAAGGCCCAGAAGCUGUGUGAGACCAAUGUGGUCUCACCAUUGUUUGUCUGGACUAAAGCCCCAGCCUACCUCUGCCCUUCACUACUCUCUCUGGGAUGAUAAAGGCUAUAGCGUCAC